GAAGAGCUCGAAAAGAAAAGGUGGAAGCAUUUGGCCGUCAAUAUGGAGAAAUCGGAUAACCAGCUGAAAACCUGGAAAAAGAAGAACAUGAAGUCGAGCAGCUCAGCGGACGUGGUCACCCAAUGUGUCCAAGUGGUCGUGCGAUGCAGACCGAUGGACGAGAAGGAGCUAGCUCGCAACUAUUCACGCGUGGUAGACGUGUUCCCGUCUAGGGGAGUGGUCGAAAUUCGUCAUCCGCGGGACGAUCCAUCCAGCGAUAAUGUGAAAGUCUUCACAUUCGACGCGGUCUACGACUGGAAUUCCAGCCAGCAAGAUCUGUACGAGGAGACUGUCAGGCCGUUGGUGUCCUCGGUUCUGGAUGGUUUCAACGGCACCAUCUUCGCGUACGGACAAACCGGUACUGGAAAAACUUACACCAUGGAGGGGCUGAAGAAUGAUCACGAGAGACGAGGUGUAAUUCCACGUUCGUUCGAGCAUAUUUUUAAUCAUAUAAGCAGAUCCGAGAACAUGCAGUACUUGGUGCGAGCUAGUUACCUUGAAAUUUAUCAGGAAGAAAUUCGUGACCUUUUGCAGCCUGAUCAGAGUCUAAGAUUCGAAUUGAAGGAGAAACCGGACACCGGUGUAUUCGUCAAAGACUUGUCCACAUCGGUGUGCAAAAGUGCAGCGGAGAUUCAGCAACUGAUGGACACCGGCAACCAGAAUAGGACCAUAGGUGCGACAAAUAUGAACGAGCAUAGCUCUAGGUCGCAUGCGAUAUUUUUGAUUACUAUUGAAAUGGGAUCGAUUGGCGAUAACGGCGGAAUUAGGGUCGGUCGUUUGAAUCUGGUUGAUCUGGCGGGCAGUGAAAGGCAGAGCAAAACGGGAGCUUCUGGUAAGAGGCUUAAGGAAGCGAGCAAGAUCAAUCUAAGCUUGUCAGCACUGGGAAACGUAAUUUCAGCCCUGGUAGACGGGAAAACAACUCAUGUACCUUACAGGGAUUCGAAAUUGACGCGAUUAUUGCAGGACUCUUUAGGUGGAAACUCUAAGACGAUCAUGGUCGCAAAUAUUGGUCCGGCGAGUUAUAACUACGACGAAACUUUGACAACGUUGCGUUACGCGAAUCGAGCGAAGAACAUCAAGAACAAACCGAGAAUAAACGAGGAUCCGAAGGACGCCCUGUUGAGACAGUAUCAAGAAGAAAUUGGUCGGCUGAAGGAGAAAUUGGCGCAAAAGGGUACAGUGCCGAGGCGAAAAAGGAAAUCGAAAAGGAAGAAAGAGGAUGAAACCGUGGAUUCGGAGUCUGAAGCGGAAGACAGUCGAGGCGAGGAUAACAAGAUAGAAACGGACAAGAAGCUGAUUGCGGAACAACUAAAAGCUGAGAAGCAAGAAACGGAAAAUCUUAUAAUGAGAAUAAAAGAUCUAGAAAGCAAGAUGCUUUGCGGAGGGAAAAAUAUCAUCGACCAUACGAACGAACAGCAAAGAGCAUUGGAACAGAAAGCGGUUGAAAUUGCGGAAAGAAAGAAACGCGAGGUCGAGAUGCAGCAGAAACUCGAAGACGAGGAGGUCACGAUGUUAGGUGUAAAAGAAACGUACACAAAUUUGCAGCAGGAAGUGGACGUGAAGUCUAGGAAGCUUAGGAAAUGUUUCAAUAAAUUACAGGUCCUUAAACAAGAACUGGAGGACGUAACCAACGACUUCAAUAGAGACAGAAGAGAAUUGGAACAAACUCAGCACGAACUGAUGAAAGAAUUGAAGUUGAAAUAUCUUGUAAUAGAAAAUUUUAUUCCCGAAGAAGAGAAAAACAAGAUUCUAUCGAGGAUUCACAUCGACGAGGAGGACGAUUGUUGGGUAGUAAAAGAUCCAGAACCAUCCACUAUAGACUUGAUAAAAAGACCCACUUCGAUUCCUGGUGCUCGUAGGCCGGUUUCAGAAUACGCACGAAUUGCCCUAGCCAUGGGAAGAGGUUGUCGUUACGCCGGUGAAAAUAUAUUGAAUUUAGACUUGGACAUGCCGGCUAGAACAACCUUAGACUAUCAGGGACCAGCCAUUGCACCUACGAUUCAAGCGGUCCUCGAGGAAGCGUUGCGCGACGAAGGAGACAUCGACGUGGAUGCGUCCAGUGCGAAACUAAGAUCAAAACCACGUUUACAGUCCGCGAAAAUACGACCUAAAAGUGUUGGAAAGAUGCAACAGAUACCAGCGCCCGUUUAUCCAAAGACAAGGGGUCUCGUGCCGAAGUAG